CAAAAACGCUGCACAGGAACAAAAGAAGAAGGAGAAAUAAAUAAAUAGAGCAGAGGAGAGAUAAGGACUGGCAGCUUCUGCGACUGCUGGGCAGCAUCUCGAACUGGGAUACUGAUAGACACGGCACAGAGAGGAUAACGAGAGAGAGAGAGAGAGAGAGAGAGGUAUCGAGAAAAGAGCGGGGUAAGAGAAGGGAAAAAGCAACCGAGACAGAGAGCGAGAGAGAGAGAGAGAGAGAUAGAUAGAUAGAGAGAGAGAGAGAGAGAGAGAGAGAGCGAUGGGUAUCGGUACGGAACUAGAGAUCGAGCCCCAGGAACCCCAGCAGCCUGGCUCCAGUUUGCCAGAGGAGACCCCGCCAGCUCCCUCUUGCAGCAUGGAUGACAACACCCUGCUGAAAACCUACAAGUGGCACACCGGCACAAAGCCAGGCGUCGAGGGAUUAAAAGCCGAGGGGGUGAGCGGGGAGAAGGGGGGCACCAAGUGGGCCAAGAUGCAAACCUGGCGCAAGGCUCUCAGCGAGGACUCCGGGAGCGACAGUGCGACAAAGCGGAACAAAAACUUCAGCGCCACAGCGCCCCCUAGCAAAGCGGAGGACCCAGCCGGCGGCCAUGAAAAGCCUCCCCGCAAGUCGCCCUUCAGGAGAGCCCUGUCCGAGCCCCCCGGGUCCAUGAUGGCAGUGAUGAGUUCCAGCAAGGAGCAGCAGAGGAGCCCAGAGGGACAGUCCCCCAGCGAGGGGCCCCAGCAAAAGGGGGCCCUUCUCCGCAAGUACCUCAGAUCGGUAUCCCAGCGCUUCCGCAAGCCUCGGGCUCAGAACAAACCAGAGGCCACUGCAUCCAUGGACAUCAGCACAGACGAGCCUGCGGUUGCCCCCCUCCCCCUUCACCUGUCCUGGGCCCCCCCUCAGGAGGUGCCAGUCUGGGACAUUAGUAGCUGCAGCCUGCUGGACGGACGCAUGGUCAUCUCACGUGAGGAUGAGCCAGUCUAUCGAAUCCGGAACAGAGUGAGCAGCUGCCUGUCUCAUUUAAACCUGGCUGGGAGUCGCUGCAAUCUGGAGGGUCCCACAGAAAAUGCAUCACCUUUGGGUCAGAAGCCAAAGGGCCAGUCUGAGGGAGGGGUCAAGGGGAUGAUUAUCAGGAGGUUCAAGCAGGGUCCUCUUGCCAGGAGCAGCAGUCAACUGAACGACGUCAAUGGCUCCUUAGACAGCGUGAGGCCGGCGAGUGUCCUCGGUUCGCGGGAGUCCCUGACGAUGCCCGUUAGCAUGGCGGAAAGCCUCGAUCUGAGCAACGACAAAAACAUCGUCAUUCGCCCGCUCCACAGCAGCAUCCUGGGGGAGAAGUACUGCUUCGAGGUGAUCAACGCGGAGGGGAGCCGAUGUUUCGGGUGCACAUCUGCAGCGGAGCGAGACCGCUGGAUUGAGAACCUGCGGAGAGCAGCUCAGCCCAACAAGGAUAACUGCGAGCGCACGGAGAAUAUGCUGAGCUUCUGGGUGAAUGACGCCAAGGACCUGGCACCCAAGAAGAGGUACUUCUGGGAGCUGCACCUGGACGGGAGCCUGUACGCCAGGACCACCAGCAAGACCAACACCACGGGCACCCUCUUCUGGGGGGAACUGUUUGAGCUGGACAACCUGCCCCCUGUUUCCCAGCUCACCCUGCACCUCUUCCGGGACGAGGAGAGCAAGAAGAAGUCCAAGGAGGACAACUCUCCUCUGGGGAGUGUCUCCAUCUCGCUCCCCGAGCUCACCGGGAGGCAGUUCGUGGAGCGCUGGUACCCCGUCGCCGGGCACUCUGGCAAGGAGAGGAACAGGGAGGGAGGGGCGGUGGUGGCGUCUAUCAGGAUCAAGGCCCGCUACCAGAACGUCAAGGUCCUGCCCAUCGAGCAGUACAAGGAAUUCGCAGAGUACAUCACCUUCAACUACAUGGAGCUCUGCACGGGGCUGGAGCCAGUCAUCUCGGUCAAGGAGAAGGAAGAGCUGGCCUGUGCUCUGGUGCAUGUGCUGCAGAGCAUUGGCAAAGCCAAGGAUUUCCUGAAGGACCUGGGCAUCGCGGAGGUGGAUCGAUUCGGUGAGAAGGAGUCCCUGAUCUUCAGAGAGAACACGCUGGUCACCAAGGCCAUCGACGAGUACAUGAAGCUGGUGGGGCAGAAGUACCUGAUCGACACGCUCGGGGACUUCAUCACCGGGCUGUACCAGUCGUCGGUGAGCUGUGAGGUGGACCCACAGAAGUGCUCCCCGAGCGAGCUGCAGGAACAGCAGCAGCACCUGCGUAGCGGCUGUGAGGAGGCUUUCCAGAGGAUUACAGAGGCCUACAGCUCAUUCCCAGGGGAGCUGAACGAGAUCUUCUCGUGCUGGCAGGAGGAAUGCUCAAUCCGGGAGAAACGGGACAUCGGCACGCGGCUCAUCUGCGCCUCGCUCUUCCUGCGCUUCCUGUGUCCCGCCAUCAUGAGCCCCAGCCUCUUCGGCCUGACGCAGCAGUACCCCCCCGACGGGACGGCCCGGACCCUCACCCUCACCGCCAAGGUCAUCCAGAACCUGGCCAACUUCACCCCCUUCGGGGAUAAGGAGGAGUACAUGCUGUUCAUGAACGAGUUCCUGGAGCAGCACUGGGAUCGGAUGCGCGCUUUCCUGCAGGAUGUCUCGAACCCGGACAGCGAGGUCCACAUGUCUCGCUUCGAUGGCUACGUGGACCUGCCACUGCAACUGUCCAUUCUGCACGAGCUGCUGUGCGCCAUCAUAGCACCUAUAGACCAGCCCGCCAUCGACAAGCUGCACCCGCUCCCUUCCGUCCUGAACAGGAUCACAGACUCGCUGGGCAGCAGCGCUCCGAGAAUAAGCAUCGGCAGCAUGAUUGUUGAGCAGAGCAAGCCGGUGUACGUGCCUCCCAAAGACCUAGUGAAGUACAGCCCGGUGAACAACUCCAUGCAGCAGAUCUACUGCGAGGACAAGUACCGAGCUCUGGGAAAGGAACGCAGGGCAGUGCAGCGCACCCAGAGUGUGCCAGCCAGGAACAAGACUCACAAGGGCCUCCCUGCCCGCCAGGCCAGCACGGAGGAGCUACCCCCCUAUCCGGAGACCCCCCAGCUAGACAUCUCCUACCCAGCCAGCAGGCAGGACCGCCAGACUCAGGACCAGGCUGGGAUGAAACAGCUAUCCAAGACCGUUCCCUGGAUUAACCCACCUCCCGAAUCCUUGGUAGACAAGAAAGAGAAUGAGGGAUUACACCCACUGGAAAAGCACGAUCAGGAGCUGUCAGAACUGCGCAGAGAUCUGGACUCAGCGGCAGACAGAGAAAUGGAGCUGGCAAAAAGGCUGGAGGACUUCAUCGCUCAGAGCCAGGACCAGAAUGCACUGCUGCACAGCCAGGUGCAGGAGCUGAGAGGCCAGCUGGAGGCCAGGGAUGAGCAGCUCGCCAGCACCACCUUCAGGCUGGGGGUGAUUGAAGAGGAGCGGGGAGAGGAUCUGGACAAGCUGAGCGCUGCCUCGGCUGCUCUGGAGAGAAUGAACAUGCUGGAACAACAAUACGCUGAUUUGGUUAACGUCAUUAACCAGCUGAAGGAGAAUCAAGCGUCGAAUCAGACCAGCAACCACAUCGCUCCUUCAAACCCCGAGAAGGAACCGCUGGAGAACAGGGAUGAUGAGACCAAGGGACCUUAGCUCUUUCUACAGGCAUUCUCCAGGGGCACCUCACAGAUGGACCCAAAACAUUCUGGCAUUCUACCCGGGCGCCUAAAGCCCUCCACAUCAUUCUGAAGUGCCGCGAUUGAAUUUAUUUAGGGUGUACAAUUUCAAACUUAAUCUGCAGCAGAUUAGAAUUGUUACAUUUGUCCUUUGCUGUGUAAGCAUGAAGGAAUCCCUGAUGUAGUUUAAUUCCUCGAAGGAGCAUCAAACUGCAUACAAAACCAAAGCACAAGCAUCUAUGAAGUUAGGCAGAGGCAGAGGUGGGAUAGGCUGGUGUUUGAAUUCUUUAUCACUGUUAUUUAUUAUGAAUAUAAGCCUUGUGCCGAAUCUGUAUCGUCCGUCAUCUUGAAGUGCAUUAGCGACGUCGACCAAUACGUUGGACCACACACACAAUAUUUACUAUUAAGCACAGCCCUAUAAACACACAGCUUCACACUGUAGACUAUAGAAGCACCCAUCACUGCAGUGUAUCUGCAUUUGGUAGCAUGUGGAUGCGUUUUAGCCAGGAUCGGUUCAUUUCAGCGUGAUACAGCUUUGCAGAUCAGCACUCCCUUAUUGUUUCGUUGGGAUUCGCUGAUUCACAAAUCUGGUUCAUUCCCGGUUAAUUUAUAACUCCACCAAGGAAAUCCCAAGUAAUGUAUUGAAGAUUUUCUUUUUCUUGAGUAAUGAACCUUGAUCAAAGUUUCCGAAUAACAAUUUUAUUUCAAGUACCGUAAAAACCUGUGUAUAAGUCGCACCAGUGUAUAAGUCGCGCCUGCCCCUUUUUGAGACAACAAUUUCAGGAAGAAGCCUAUAGGGCACACCAGUGUAUAAGUCGCUUCCCCCCUUUUUAGGACCCCCUAAAAACACCUAGAAAAUAGACUUAUACAAAGGUUUUUACAGUAUGUGAGUAUUCAAGGACUCGCUAUAACUCUACUGGUACAGCUGUAUUAUUGUCACGGUUAUGAUGGAUUUCAUUUAUCCAUUGCUGUGCAAUAUGUAGUUACCUGUGAAAAUUCCUAUUUCUGAAAUAAGUGUAACUAUGCCUAUUUUCUAUCACUUAAAAAUAAAUACAGAAAAUGUUUGCCUUAUUGACGCACUACCUGUUUAUGUUAAAGUGCAUCAGGAACCUGGCAGCCGGUUUAGUUUGCUUCCAGUUAAUGCUUGGGCACACUGCAGAGAGCAGCACGAUUUCUUUAAAAUGUCUUCAACGAAAAAGACACCAGCUGCAUCAAAGAUCGGAAAUAUUUCUACUGAAGAUCACUCUGUCAUUGUAUUUUUUUUUUUUUUUUUUUUACAUGUAUUUAUGUUUUUAUUUUGGUUACUAAUUCACUGAGAUGGUGAAAAUAGAAUGUUUAAAAAGCAGACGUAAAAAAACGAAAUAUUCCAAAAUUUUGCAUUUACUGUUCAGGAAAGCAUUUAAACAUUUAGAAACAUUUAGAAACAUUUGUUGUACAAUAACUCUGGAGAAAAUGGUCAAUUUGACAAUGUGACAAAGCUAUCUAUUUUUCUGCUUUAAUAAAUAUUAUGUUAUUAUUCAUGAAAUAUGUUAAAAUACCUAUUCUAAAGAAUGCCGUUUUCUGUCAUGAAAGAAAUGCAGCCCUACCUAUUGGGCAGCAGGUUGAUGGCUUGGAGGACUGCAUUAGCGAGCGACUCUGCUGUGAGAUGAAUAGAUGGAUCAAUAAAUAGCAACUAGGGCAUUGUUCAUUGAGGUGCAGCACUGCAUGGAAUGAAGCAGAUUCAUGGUUGUGGGUUGCAAUAUGUGAAGAUGCAGUUGUGUAAUAUGGGGAUUCAUUUCAGGACUUUAGGUUGGAAACAUGGACAGUGAUUCCAUUACAGAACCCAUAAUGAGCUAAGAAGGUUUUCUGGGAUGAACUGCAAUGCUGAAGUGGUCAUGUCUUUCUGAUCUUGAUUGCAUUUCCCUGCUUCUCAUGCCAUGAUGCCUGCAGCUGGUUCGUUGUUUGUUAUCAUUUAAUCACUUUUAUUAUACAUGUCUUCAAACUCGUCUGUAUAACAACAUGAAUGAUGCUUUCAGGGGCUGGGAAAGGAAGGGAAAAAAAAAAAACCUUGUAGAUUAAAUUGUGUUUUUUAUCAA